AUGGACCUAGCAUAUAAUCGUGUACGGGAGAACCAAGCCACCACGCCAAUUCAUCAGUCAGAUUCAGUUGCAACCUCCCAGGUUUUCUCGCAGGAUUCCGGGACCACAUAUUCCCGACCCUCGAAUCAACCCUCAAACAACUCACUGGAUGAGGGAUUGUUACUUCCAGGGGAACCCAUUGUCUGCAAAACCAAGUCAAGUUCAAAUGAAUACUGGCCUGCUCGACUUAUCGGCCGCGAAGGUUCUUUGAGCAAGCAGACCAUCACCAGGCACAACGAGCAACUCUACCGUGUUCACUUCUGCGAUGAGGAACAGAUGCUACUUCCUCGAUCCUUCUUCUUAACUGUAUUCCAAGAGGAAUUCUUUACGGCAAAAUUAGGUCAGUUGGAAACUAUCGAGGCCACUUUUGAUCAGCUCUUCCCAAAGCUACUGGAGGCGAUUCCAAAAAUCGACUCAAUUGUUGCCGGCGCUUACAUGGAGGAGUCGGUUACCAACAAGCAUGAGGCUCAUCUCACUGGCACGACUGAAGCACACGGAUCAGCAGGGUACAUAAGUUACGGCCAAUAUUCGGAAGCCAUCAUUUGCAGCAUGACACAGUAUUUGACCAAUCGAUACAUACAUGAACAACCGCCCCAGCUCAUAAUCGAUCAAAGGUUCUUCAAACUCACUGAACAACAACAAACAACUUACGUGCUCGAUGUGAUUGUACCAGAGGCAAUGAUCUUGAUAACUCAAGCGGACUUUUCGGACAAAGUUUUAGAUAGUCAUGAUUCCCGAGCAUUGGCUAUUGAUUAUUUGAAUGAACAAGAUAUUGUGUCACUGAUAAACGUUUUAAGAACCAGAAUCAAAGCGUAA